CUGUUAAAAAUUGUUGAAUUGUUCCAUUUUGUUUAAAAAUUAAGAAAAUUGCCAAUGAUCUGGACGCCAGAGCAUGUGGAAAUCCACCUUGAUCUUCUCAAAACCUCCACCGAUCGGACCGUGAUUUACAAAUGUCUCGUGAAGCUCCGCACCGACCUUGUGAAGGACAAAAAUGGAAUUGUUUUAUUUCGCACUGCUGGGGGCGUUCACAUCAUGGUGCGGCUGAUCACCAAGCUGAAUGAAAAGAUCAUGGAGGUGGUUCUGAGCAUACUGGGAAACUGCUGCACGGACGAACAAGCCUGCAUAGAGGCCGUCGAGUGCAAGGUGAUUCCCCCACUGGUGACCAUUCUGAAGACCAUACCCAAUCCCGUGAUCCAAUGCCGCGCCUGCCGGCUGCUAGGGAACCUGGCCAAAAGCAAGAAGGCCUCCCAGUAUCUCAACGUGCACUAUGCGGCCAUUGCCCCGGCUAUCUGCCACAUCAUCGAGUCCACCAGUGCGGUGCAGACCCGCAUCAUGGCCUUCCGCGUCUGUCGUUUCCUCCUGGCCAGCAGCCAGUUCCUGAAGCACUUCCUCGUGGCCAAUGGAUUCCUACAGCUGAUGCGCAUCUUUCUGGCCGUGAUGAAGAACGAGGAGGCGCCCAAGGAGUCCGUUCCGGACAUUGAGGUGUCCACGCUGAUUGGCCUGAAGAGGAAUCAGCACCGCGAGAAGUAUUUCGAAGAGGUGGCCAGGAACUUGGAGGGCGUACGUAGUGACAUCUUCGACUACCAGAUGCUGAAAAACUCCACGAGGAACUGUGACUAUGCGUUGCCCAAGGAAAACGAGGCGGCCGUUGAGUUGGCCCUCGAGAUUUUAAAGUGUCUGGUCUUGAUAUCAGCCCAGCAGAUUGGAAUGAAAGCUUGGGAGUCCAUUUCCCGCAACACCUCGUUGGCUUCGAUUGUGUGCUUCGUUAAGGAAGACGGCGAUCAGCGGGCAUCCGCUUUGAAAAUCCUUUCCAACUUCUGCAAGGAUCCCUGCGCCUUCUAUAUGCUGAGCACGGCGGAUGCCAUAGUGGCUGCCUGUGAGAUGCUCAUGGCCGUUAACAUGGCAAAGCCACUUAACGAGAGCGAGAGCCGCCACUGCAUUAAUAUCAUAUUAACCCUAUCCACGGAUGCCUGUAGUCGCUCAAAGAUCCGUAGAUGUGGAGCUCUGCGCAAGCUGGUGGCCAUGAUUCGGGACUCCAAUUCCCAGAGCGAACGUUCUUCGCUUUUGCACAUUCUUAACAACUUCCAAUAUGACAACUUGAGCAUGGAACUUUUGCUUUACGAAGGACUUGUGCCCAUGCUGGUGAGGGAAUUGAACGAUUACCUGACCAGCGAUGAUGACCAUCACAAACGUCGUCGGGAGGAGAGAUUGCAAGGUGGCAAAAAGAGGAAACUGACGGAUCCCACAACGCCAGAGACGCUAAGCAAGUUCUCAAGAACCCACGAGGCCUUAGGCUCGGACUUUGACUCGCCGAGCAGUUCACCGAGGUCUUAUCGCACAACCAGUCCCUGCAGUUCGCGCAGCAUGUCGCCGGUGUGCAAAGAUCUGCUGACGAAUGAUGACGACGACAACUAUUCACCGGCCUGCAGUGAUGAUGAUGAAGAUGAGGAUGACAGCACAAAUACUGCGGAUACUAGGGAACGGCGCAUAGCCGCCAAUCGCGCCCAGACUUCUAAUGUCCUAGACAUAUUGAAACUAAUCGAUGAGGGCAGCGAACCCAUAGAUGAUCCGCUGUCCGACAAAGAAGAUCUCGAGGAACUCAGCUCGGAUGUGCCGCCCAAACUAGCCCAGUUCCGAAAUCAAGCUGGCGACACCAUCGACAUUAUCGAGAAUCUUAUCUACCGCAUCACGCUGAUGGUGAACAAGCGGGUGGAGCUGGGAAAGCCGGAAACGCUGGAUACUCUCAUAAGGGCGCUCAACCUAUUCGGGGCUAACAAUAAUUUCGCAAGUGCUCUGACAAAUAUAUUACUGGAGAGCCAGUUCUUUGCCCAGAUUAUAAAGCAUGGCGUGGUCCAUCAAUUGUAUCAGCUUACCAAGGUGGAGGAGAUGCGAAAAGAUGGCUUCGCCUUUUUAGAGACCCUCACCAACGUUGGGGAAUCCAAUUAUGGCAAGGAGGAGCUGGUGCGUCUCCUGCGCUGCGAUGAUGUAAAGGCCCAGCAGAGAGCCGCAAUAUCGGUGGCCUACAUCAUCAAGAGUCAUCGAUUGCUCUACCAGUUCCUCUUUGACGGCAAUGCGCUGAACCUGCUCUUCGAUCUGAUGCUGCGCAAAAAGACCGACGAUCACUAUGCAGAUGAGGCGGUGGAUGCAGUGACUUCGAUGGCUCGGUAUACCCUGGGCAUUGUGUUACCAGUGGCUGAGCCCGCGGAGAGCACUGCAGGGAUUUGCAGCCAGAAGCUAAGUGAGUUCGCUCCACUGCACGAUAACUGCGACAUGCGAUUCCUGGUUGGUGGAGGCGGGGAUUCCACCGUGACCAUUGGCUUUAACAAGCAGCUGCUUUGUGAGACCAGCGAGGUGUUCAACAAGAUGCUCAACAGUGACUUCCGCGAGGGUCACCACGGCGAAAUUCAGCUGCAGGAUUACACAGCCAGCGGAUUGCGCUACUUUCUGCAUUUAAUCGUGUGCCAGGAGCGGCACCUUUUGGAACCGGAUUACCCUGCCCUCCUGCAGGCCUUCGAGAUGUCCCGGGUAUACAUCAUGCCCGAGAUGGAGGAGAUACUGCAGCAACGACUCAUCCAGUUCCUGGACUCCCACAACUGCCUGCGCCUGCUGGAAUGGGCGCUGAAGAACUACCACGCCGAGCUGACGGAGACGGCCAUCAGCUACUAUCUCUGCUCCUCGCUGCCGGCGCAGGAGAAGCUCCAGCUGUUCCGGGCGGCAGAGGACUCCACAUAUGCCAGCGAGUGGUUCCAGCUGCUCAACGAUGCGGUGUUCGAGCGUUGCCGCAGCACUGGCUACUAAGCACCACCACCCAGUUGCGUUCUGUGAUCGUCUUUUCCGCCGCUUUCCAUUCCCUGGAUUCAGCUCGAUUUAUUUGCUAUUUGCCACAGCCCUUAGCCAAGUAUUCCAAUGUGCUACAAUGUAUAUUUAAAAUGUAUAGACUACGUAUUAACCUAA